AUGAAAGAGCUGAUAAUGCGUCCAGCGACUAGAUCCAUCUCAAUCCUCAGGCCUGUCACUUCCACGGUAAUACCCACACAGGCCGAAUUGACCACUGCAACGGGUACCAAUGCCGAAUCGUUGUUCUUCGAAACGCCCGCGACCCCGCAAUUCAGGGUUCUGGGCCAGCCACCAACGCUAGCUUCGCUUGUGAUCCCGCCGUCGAUUCCUCUAUAUGUUAGAAAGGGCUGUCUGACGUCUCUACACGGUUCGGCGUCCAUCUCGAUGGCGUACGAGUGGAUCGGCUUCUGGUCUAGUUUGCUCAGAUACGGGACUUUGAAGCCCGCAAUGUACCACAGGCUGGUGUCAAGCGCCCAGUUCGAUGCGUUGGUGGCACCCAACUUUCUCUCCAACCGUUUGGGGCCCCGGCUAGGCCUAUCCUCUUCUCCAUUCAGGACUCUGUGCCUUCUGAACCUCGACGGAUUGUCGGACUGGAACGUAUGGGGUAAGGACUCCAUUGUUGCGUUCGAGGACAACACCAGCCUGGAGUUGAGGCCACCUGCAUUUGGGUUCUCCAAGUCGCCGUUCUCGUCCCAGUACACCACUUUGAAAGGUCGCGGUAACGUCCUCCUAAGCGGAUCCGGUUCAGUCUACACGAUACAACUAAAGGAUGCAAGCGAUGAGAUCAUCUUAAGAUCAGAGCAUCUGCUGGCGAUAAGCGGAUCCAGCCUGCUGGACAUCGAUGAGGCUGUCACAGAAACCGCCUUGGGACAGCCGGCGAAGCAAGGCGGCAAGGCCGCGGAGGAGCAGAGAGAGUUCGAUAUAAAGAUGUUCUUCCAAAUAAGCAGUGAGAUUGUCUCAGCUGUGUGGAACCGCACGAAGCAGAUUUAUUCCUAUGUGAUGAAUGGGCCCACCAAAUUCUUGAAAAUAAAGGGACCAAGAAAUUUGCUAGUACAAAGCUCCUACAACGUCUACCUUCCAGCCUCGAGCAAAAGUGCCGGUCCUGCCAUUGGUGAACCGAUGGCCUUGACUUACAAGCCAAGCAAAAACUAUCUAAGCUACGUCUCCGUUUCGAAAGAUGGAGAAGUGGAGUUCCAGAGUACAGCUGACUUCCAGGAUACCGUUACGAGAAUCCAGAAUCUGGCCAAGAGGAAAUAA